CCCCCUCGCCAUUGAAAAGGGCUGGCUUGGCAGUGGCUCCUUGCAGUCGACGAACUGUCAGGGCGGGAGGAGCUGUGAGCCAGAGCAGCCAGCAGCGGCCCGCGCAGCAAAGCAGAAAGCCAGACUACCAGAGUGCACGGAGUGGAAGCAGAGGCUACUCAGGCGACACAGGCAGCCCAGCUAGCCCGGGCGGCCCAACUAGCCUCACAACCAGCCUCCACGACAAACAGCUGCUCCGCGGACUGCGAGCUGUGGCGGUAGAUCCCGCUACAGCAAUCGCAGUCUACGUGGAGCAGGCGGAAGCCUUUUUUCUCCUUUUUCGUUCCCCUCUUCAUUCUACUCAAAAGGAGUCUUAACAGGAGUAUAUCGUGGGCUGACAAACAGUACCUGUGGUAUCGAGACUGGUAUGGACUUGUUGUCCGGGACGUAUAUAUUUGCGGUCCUGUUAGCAUGCGUCGUGUUUCAGUCUGGCGCCCAGGAGAAGAAUUACACGGUCCGAGAAGAAAUGCCAGAGAACGUCCUGAUAGGCGAUUUGUUGAAAGACCUCAACUUGUCGCUUAUUCCCGACAAGUCCUUAACCACUCCUAUGCAGUUCAAAUUGGUUUACAAAACCGGGGAUGUACCUUUGAUUCGGAUUGAAGAGGGUACCGGUGAGAUCUUCACUACUGGCGCUCGCAUUGAUCGUGAGAAAUUAUGUGCUGGAAUCUUGUUGGAUGCCCGUUGCUUUUACGAAGUGGAAGUCGCCGUUUUGCCGGAUGAAAUUUUUAGAUUGGUCAAGAUACGCUUUCUGAUAGAAGAUAUAAAUGAUAAUUCACCGUUAUUCCCGACAACUGUCAUCAACAUAUCAAUUCCAGAGAACUCGGCUAUAAACUCUCGAUAUUCUCUUCCAGCAGCCAUUGAUCCUGACAUCGGAAUAAAUGGAGUCCAAAACUACCAACUAAUUAAGGGUCAAAAUGCUUUCGGUCUUGAUAUCAUUGAAACACCAGAAGGAGACAAGAUGCCACAGCUGAUUGUUCAAAAGGAGUUAGAUAGAGAAGAGAAGGAUACCUAUGUGAUGAAAGUAAAAGUUGAAGAUGGUGGCUUUCCUCAAAGAUCCAGUACAGCUAUUUUGCAAGUAAGUGUUGCUGAUACAAAUGACAACCACCCAGUCUUUGUAGAAAAGGAAAUUGAAGUCAGUAUACCAGAAAAUGCUCCAAUAGGUUCUUCAGUGACACAGCUCCACGCCACGGAUGCUGACAUUGGUGAAAAUGCCAGAAUUCAUUUUUAUUUCAGCAAUUUAGUCUCCAACAUUGCUAAGAGACUGUUCCACCUUAAUACCACCACUGGACUUAUCACUGUCAAAGAACCACUGGAUAGGGAAGAAUCACCAAGCCACAAGUUACUGGUUUUGGCAACUGAUGGUGGAUCAACACCAGCGAGCGCUAUGGUUCUGGUAAAUGUUACAGAUAUCAAUGAUAAUGUCCCAUCAAUUGACAUAAGAUACAUCGUCAAUCCAACCAAUGGCACUGUGCUUCUUUCAGAGAAUGCUCCGCUUAACACAAAAAUUGCUCUCAUAACUGUGAUGGAUAGGGAUUCUGAACAUAAUGGUAGGGUGACUUGCUUCACAGAUCAUGAAGUUCCUUUCAGAUUACGUCCAGUAUUCAGUAAUCAAUUCCUCUUGGAAACUGCUGCAUUUCUUGACUUUGAGUCUACAAGAGAAUAUGCCAUCAAAUUACUUGCCGCUGAUGCUGGCAAACCUCCUUUAAAUCAGUCAUCCAUGCUCCUGAUCAAAGUAAAAGAUGAAAAUGACAAUGCUCCAGUUUUCACCCAGUCUUUCAUAAGCCUUUCUGUUCCGGAGAAUAACUCUCCUGGUGCACAGUUGACAAAAAUCAGUGCAACAGAUGCAGACAGUGGAACAAAUGCUGAAAUUAACUACCUGUUAGGUUUUGAUGCACCACCUGAAUUUGACCUGGAUAGCCGUACAGGCAUCCUGACUGCAGUGAAGAAACUAGAUAGAGAAAAACAGGAAAAAUAUUACUUUACCGUCUUGGCACAGGACAACGGAAUUCCACCCUUAAUGUCCAAUGCCACUGUUUUUGUGACUGUUCUUGAUCAGAAUGAUAACAGCCCAAUUUUCACUCACAAUGAGUACAACUUCUAUGUCCCUGAGAACCUUCCAAAGCAUGGCACAGUAGGGCUAAUCACCGUGACUGAUCCUGAUUAUGGAGAGAAUUCUGCAGUUACUCUCUCCAUCUUAGAUGUGAAUAAUCAGUUCACUAUUGAUCCACAGACUGGUGUCAUCCGGCCAAAUAUUUCAUUUGACAGAGAAAAACAAGAAUCCUACACUUUCUAUGUAAAGGCUGAGGACGGUGGUAGGGUAUCACGUUCUACAACUGCUAAAGUAACCAUAAAUGUAGUUGAUGUUAAUGAUAACAAACCAAUUUUUAUUGACCCUCCUUCCAAUUACUCCUUUGAAUGGGUUUUACCAUCCACCACACCAGGCACAGUCAUCUUCAAGGUUGUUGCAGUUGAUGAUGAUAUUGGCAUGAAUGCUGAGCUUCGUUACAGUAUUGUUGGAGGAAACACAAAAGGACUGUUUGCGAUUGAACAAAUAUCAGGCAACAUCACACUGAAAGAGAAAUGUGCUUCAGAUCUUGGUUUACACAGAGUGAUAGUCAAAGCUAAUGAUUUAGGACAACCUGAUUCUCUCUUCAAUGUUGUAAAUGUCAAUCUGUUUGUGAACGAGUCAGUGCCCAAUGCUACACUGAUUUAUGAACUGGUGCGCAAAAGCAUCGACUCACCUGCAACUCAAAAUACUGAAACAACUAAUUCAUCCUCGCCAACAACUGACUAUGUCAAGAUCGUGGUUGCCAUUGUCGCUGGCACAAUAACUGUUGUCCUAGUGAUUUUCAUCACUGCUGUAGUAAGAUGUCGCCAAUCACCACACCUUAAGGCUUCUCAGAAAAACAAACAAAAUUCUGAGUGGGUUACUCCAAACCCAGAAAACAGGCAAAUGAUUAUGAUGAAGAAGAAGAAGAAGAAAAAGAAGAAGAAUGCCCCCAAGAACCUGCUGCUUAAUUUUGUUACUAUUGAAGAAGCAAAACCAGAUGAUGCUGACAAUGAUAGAAACAGUGUCACACUAGACCUUCCCAUUGAGCUGGAAGAGCAAACCAUGGGCAAAUACAACUGGGGCACUACACCUACUACAUUCAAGCCUGACAGCCCUGAUUUGGCUAGACACUACAAAUCUGCCUCUCCUCAGCCUGCAUUCCAGAUCCAGCCUGAAACACCCCUGAACUCAAAGCACCACAUCAUUCAGGAACUGCCUCUUGACAAUACUUUUGUAGGCUGUGAUUCCAUCUCCAAGUGCUCUUCCAGCAGUUCUGAUCCCUACAGUGUUUCUGAGUGCAGCUAUACAGUGACAACCUUCAAGACUCCUGUGUCUGUUCAUGCCAGACCGACAAUGAAGGAGGUGGUACGAUCUCGCACCCCCAUGAAAGAAGUAACAACUGUGGAAAUCUGGACUCAUCCUCAUCCACAGCGGAGAUCUGAAGGAAGAAAGCCAGGAAAGUCCCAGCGACGUGUCACAUUUCACCUACCAGAAGGCUCUCAGGAAAGCAUCAGUGAUGGUGGAUUGGGAGACCAUGAUGCAGGCAGCCUUCCCAGCACAUCCCAUGCCCUGCCUCUUGGCUAUCCUCAGGAAGAGUACUUUGAUCAUGCCGCACCAAACAACCGCACUGAAGGGGAUGGCAACUCUGAUCCAGAAUCUACUUUCAUUCCUGGACUAAAGAAAGCUGCAGAAAUAACAGUGCAGCCAACUCUGGAAGAAGCCUCUGACAACUGUACUCAAGAAUGCCUCAUUUUGGGCCACUCUGACUCCUGCUGGAUGCCAGCGUCUCUGACCCAUCCAAGCCCUCCACAGAUACAGACCACUGCUCUCUGCCACAGCCCACCUAGGACGCACACAUCUGUUCGUCGCAGCAGCCCUCCAGUAACACAGACUAUCGCUAUCUGCCACAGCCCCCCUGUGACCCAGGCUAUUGCACUGUGCCAUAGCCCUCCACCAGUACAGGCAGGUUCUCUCCAGCACAGUCCUCCUUUAGCACAGGGUACUCCACCCCACCAUAGCCCACCACCAGGACAGGGCUCUGUCUGCUACAGCCCGCCUCUGGCACAGGCUGUGGUAAUUCACCACAGUCCUCCUCUGUCACAGGCUGUUACACUCCAUCGUAAUCAGGGUUUGCAACAAGGAUGGGUGCAGGGUGCUGGAGCUGAUGGACUGCAUCCCCUCGAUCAGGGAGUACAGGGUAGCACAAGAGCUCAGUUUUACACCGUGGCUGAAAGACUUCAUUCUGAUGAUGACUCAAUUAAAGUCAUUCCCUUGACCACCUUUACUUCAGGUCAACAGGCCAGAUCCUCAAGGGGUGAUUCUCCAAUCAUAGAAGAACACCCCUUGUAAAGCUUAUCUGGAUAUUUCACAUUUUCAAAAAGAUGUAUAUAUAUUCAAAGAUUAACAUUCAAUUUUAAUGAAUAUUCCAAAUCGAGAGGUUUGUAAAUAGCUCUGUAAAUAGAACCAGAUACCAGGAUUAGACUAGAGCUAGACCCUUAGUCCAAACAUGAUAAAAAUAAAAUGAAGAUUUGUUUGAUUUGAACUGUAAUUUUCAAAAGAAGUAAUUUAAAAAUUGAUAUUCCUUUGUACAGAAAUGCUUAUCAUGGCAGAAGUUAAUAUCUAGUGCAUAUUUCUGAUAUACUUUAAUGAAUUUUUAUUUUUUGUCACCAUGUGCAAUAUUACUGAUUUCUUUCAUUAUGAUUUUUGUGGACACAGUAUAUAGUUAUUGGUGAACUGGAAAAGAUCUGACUUUCCAAGUUUACCUUUAGUUUGUCUAACCUUUUGUUCUGAUAAAAUUAGAUGGCAUAAGUACUAUAGCAUUUUUUGUUCAUCUUUUUGUUCUGUUUAUCUUCAUUGUUUCUAGUUUCUAAUUGUCCAUAUUUCUACCUUCAAAAAUGUACAGUGGGAGGGUGUAAAUAAGAUCUUUUAUAGUUUUUGUCUGUAUUCCUGUUUUUUAUGUUUUCUACCUUUAUUUCAAGAAUAUAUUGAUAUAUUUUGUAUAUACUUUUUUUCAAAAAAAAUCAUAUAAACUGUACAGACAUAGGUUUCAACCUAUUUCUCUACUCUUUAGUAGAGUUCGAGACACUCAAGUGCAAUAGCUAUGCCCAUGUUAGGCAACAGUUAGCCAGAAUGGGCCUGUGCUUUUUUAGAUUAUACUUUUGUAGUGUAGUGUAAAGUACAUCAGAAAUAUUACUGUGUCUGUCAUGAUAAGCCUAUAUCCCAGUAAAAAUUGAGUAUUUAUCUUCUGAAAUUUGUAUAUAAAAAUCACAAAAAGGUGGAUUCAAUGGUACUACAGGAACUUACUAUUUAGUAAGAUGAUUAGAGUGAUUUAAAUAUUGAUUUGACAGCUCACCGGCUGUUACUGAAAAAUGCUCAAUGAAAAGAACAAAGAUAUAAAAUUGUACAUAAAACCCCAUACUAAGUACAUAAGACUAAGGGAUUUUUAUAAGUCUAGCUCAGUUACUGAAGAAAACUACUGAAAAUAAGAUGAACGUCAAGAAAGAACUUUUCAAGAGACUUAAUUCUAAACCUAUAAAAUACAUUACAGCACAGAAUUUUAAGGAGAUGUGCAGAAGAAGAAAUAAGGUUCAUGACUGCUUCUUGGGGUACAUAAAAAAUGCCCCAGUAACAUACACUGAAGAACAAAAUCUCACAUAUGAGACUAAUACAUCCUAAGCAAAGAAUACAGUGCAUCCACAGGAAACAUUAGUUUCCUUUGUUGCCUACAUUUAAUUUCUGUUUUUGUCUACUUAACUCGCCAUUAUCUUCUGUGUGCACAUUUCACAAAUUACAGAAACACCACAAACUUAAUUUCCCCCCAUAACAAAAUCAAGAAAGUGUCUUGUUUCAGUAUCAUACUAAACAAAGAAUCAAUUAAUGUUUGUGUUAGGGGGGUGCUGAAUAUUUCCUGAUUAAAUUAGAUGUAGACUUUAUAAUGUGUAACUUGAUGGUAUGUAAUUUAUGGUUAAACUGUGUGUAAAUGUUGUAAUAUAAACUGUGGUCAAUGUAUAAUUUCAUUGUUUCCAUUGAAUGUUGAUAAAAGUUUUCCUUUGUGUGACCGGCAAGUUAAGUAGCGUUUUAAGAAUAUAUUGUUCCCCUUGUGAAGUUAAUUAGAUUGUAUAUGAUUUGGUGUAUAGAAUAUCUUCUUAACUUUUAACAUCUAGAGUCUAAUUAGUGAAAUUUCAAAUUAAUAAUUACUAUUCCUUUUUUCCUUCUUUGUAUUUGUUAGUGUUUCCAGGGAUUUGUAGCAUUCUGGUUUUCCAGGUGCACAAAACCCCCAAAUGAUUGAUGGUGGUUGAAACUUUAUUGAAAUAAGAUCAUGUGUGUAUAUUGAUAUUGUUAUUGCUAUUGUGCUGUUAAUGAAGAUUUUUAACCUGGGGAAGAUAAAGAAACCCAGAAUGACAAAAUCAGUGCUUCCAGUAGAGUUAGACUGCUGUUUUUCCUCUCAACACACAUACAAAAAAAAGAAGAAAAAAGAAAGAAAAAAAAACAAACAGGAAUUAUGUGAGUGAGAAAGUUAUAUUUUAAUUAUUUGCACAUUUUCUUUCCAUAACUAGUACAUUUAUAUUCAUACACAUAUACACAAAUUUGAAAGGAAAUAACAAUAGAGGGUAAAUUUUAUUAAAUAUUACAUCAGAAAUCUGAAUGCUUAUUUUGCUAAUGGAAAUAUGACAUAUAAAAAAUCAGAUAUUUGAGAGUUUUUUUUCUGAUCACAAGACUUACUGAAUUACUAGGGAAGCUCUUAUAUCCUUAUGUUUAACAAUUUCUGAAGUGUUGAUACCUUUCCUAGAAAUAUAGGAAUGAACAGAUAUGCUUUUGUUGCCCUUUCUAAAUCUGGUUUAAUAAUCAGACUUAGACAGUGUUUAGGAAAUUAAAUGACUGGGCAUUCUUUUCUGGUUUUGUACCAGAGAGAAAUUGAAUGGAAGCAGGCUGGGAUAGCCAAAGAGGCAAGGGGUGUGAGCCCAGUUAUUCUCCCCUAUGCAUUCUCUUUUUUAGCUUCCACUAGGUAUAGCCUUGGAAACCUGGAACUUCCAUGGCUUUAGAUUUGAUGAGAUCUUUCUCAUUACAUUAUAAAUUCUUUGAAUGGAUGGACAGAGCUAUAGGUUGACAAAGCUCACAAGUGGUUCUACUGAAAAGCAACAUGUGAUCCUACAUUUGCAAAAUGUCUUAGUUGACCUUCAGUCAAAAAAUGUUUCCCUCAAAAGAAGAAAAAUCUUUGAUUUAUUUGAACUAAAAGAGUGAUUUCAUAUUUUCAGAAUAUGACUGCCAGACUGGUUAUUCUAUAUUGUGGCCAUAUUUAGUUAAAAAGUGACUAUUAAUUUUCUAGCUAUAGCUUAAUAUACACACUUGUAACUGUAUUCAUACACUGUGUAUCUCAUGUGCUAAAUACAUACACAUUCAUUUCUCAAACUUUAUCUACAAGUUUUAACUAAUAUUGUGUCAGUGUAUUAAAACUAACUUUACAUAUGAUACCAACAAUGUAAACAAUUUAGAGAGUACAUUUUAUGUAGUCUCAUAUAGUAAUUUAACAUUUUAUUUUUAGUUAUGCAAAUUUGGUUAGAAAAAAAUAUUGUUAAAUGAUGAGUGCUAUUGUGCAAUGGUGACAGUAUGAAGAGCUUCUGCCUUCUCAAACUAAUGUUUGUCACACACUUUCAUUAAAGUGGUAAAAUAGUAGAAUAAAUAGAUCAUGAAUUGGGCAGUCUUUAAAAUACAAUCAUGUCAUAUUCAGAAAGAUCACUUUCAGUCCUGAAUAAAUUACCCCUAGAGCAUAUUUCAGCAGUUAUCUUUAAUUAUUUUAUUAAGGCUAAAUGUGCAUAUAUCUAAUAUACAUUUAUGGAAAUAUGGUUUCUUUAUACUCUUCUGAUUUAUAAUUCAUUGUGUUUAUACUUUAUGGGUUUUGUUCUUUCAUUUUUCUUUGUAAACCAAACUUUAGUUACAUUGAAGUGAAAAUUUUCUCACAAAUGUAGAGUACUAUUUUUGUUAUUUCCAGGUGUCUCAAUUGGCCUGCAUACUAUGGGAGCAGAGGAGCUGACUAUAUUUGGACAGAGACAUUUUUAUAUCAUGUGCCAAUUACCACACUAGAGAAUCUUAUGGAGCAACCUUAAAAUAUUCAUCCACAGUAGCUUUCUUACAUGAUUAUACCACCCAUGUGCUUUCCAUAAAUAUGAUUGUUAAAAGUACUGCAAGUUUACAACAGUAAGACUAGAGAAGAGAAGGCUGCUCAUAAAAAUGUGUGUGCACAAAUAAAAAGAAGGAAGGCAAUUGUUUUGUGAUUGUAUAUGCUAAUUUUAGGAAUAAAAUUUGUGAAAUUUAUGCUGUCCCUGCUUAAAAUAUUUGAAUUUUUAUGAACUGUGUAUUUAUGUUUGUAUUUGGGGAAGACUCCUCCUUUGUGACAUCAUACAGCUUCUGAAAGUGAACAGUAUCCAAAAGUAUGGGAUGCUUUUAAGUGAAAGAUUGGAUACAUUUGGACCAGUAUGGCUGUAUGUAUUCCAGUGACAACUGUGUAUUAAUUGUUCUAUUUCAGGUUCUGUAUUGCAUGUUUUCUUAUUCAUAAAUAGAGAUAUUAAUAAAGUAGUUAUGAGAAAUAA